CCACAGCCAAGAUGCCCGUCGUCAAAGGAGGAGUCUGGACGAACAUCGAGGACGAAAUUCUCAAGGCCGCCGUCUCCAAAUAUGGUCUCAACCAGUGGGCGCGUGUGUCGUCGCUGCUGGCGCGCAAGACCGCGAAGCAGUGCAAAGCGCGAUGGACAGAAUGGAUUGACCCUGGUAUUCGGAAGAUCGAAUGGAGUCGCGAAGAGGACGAGAAGCUGUUGCAUCUGGCCAAGUUGAUGCCCACGCAAUGGCGCACAAUCGCACCCAUCGUUGGCCGAACCGCGACGCAAUGUCUCGAGCGCUACCAGAAAUUGCUGGACGAAGCAGAGGCGAGAGAGAACUCGGAGUUUGGACUCGCAGGACCAGAUGGAGGUGAGACACAGGCGCCGAGUGCGGAUGAUGUCCGAAAGUUGCGACCAGGAGAACUGGAUCCAGAUCCAGAGAGCAAGCCAGCGCGACCCGACACGAUCGAUCUGGACGAGGAUGAGAAAGAGAUGUUGUCGGAAGCCAGAGCACGUCUAGCCAACACGCAGGGUAAAAAGGCAAAGCGAAAGGCAAGAGAGAGGCAACUGGAGGAGAGUCGGAGGCUGGCUGUGCUGCAGAAGAGGAGAGAACUGAAAAAUGCGGGUAUCAAUGUCAAGGUUACCACGAAGAAGAAGGGUCAAAUGGACUACAAUGCCGACAUUCCUUUCGAGAAGGCGCCGGCGCCUGGAUUCUAUGAUACACAGGACGAGAUGGCGCAGAAUGAGCGGGAGAGGGAGGCUUUCGAUCCGCGAAAGCAGCAAUUGGCCAACAAACGCAAGGGCGACGGGCAGGACCAGAAUGAACAGCAAUCGAAGAGGCGAAAAGACGAUGGAGGUGCCGGUGCCCAUACUGCACAUCUCAAAGCGGCACAACAGCAACGACUCAGAGAGGCAGAGCAGAGUAGCAAGCGCAAAGGACUGGUUCUUCCAGCCCCACAAGUCAGCGAGAGCGAAUUGGAAGAUAUCGUAAAGAUGGGAAUGUCAGGCGAGAGAGCACAUCAGCUGGCGGAGAGUAGCGAGAACGAUGCUACCCGUGGUCUCAUCGGGAACUAUUCCAAUAACAUGGUUGGUGCUACGCCUCUACGAACUCCUCGAGCAGCGCCGGAAGAGGACCGCAUACAAAACGAACUGCGAAAUGCCCGACUACGGACAGAGACUCAAUCAGCUCUGCUUGGCGGUGAAAAUGUGGAUCUCGCUGAAGGCGGUACAGGCUUGGAGGGCGUGGCGCCCUCUAAGCAAGUUUUGCAUACACCAAACCCCAUGGCUACGCCUAUGCGCGGGCAGAAUGGUGCAGUUGGUGCCACUCCUAUGCGAACGCCACGAGAUAAUUUCCACCUCAAUCAAGAAGGCGGGUCGAUGCAGCUCGUCUCACAGACUCCUCGAGACAUCCGGCUGGCUCAACAAGCAUCGCGGAACUCGUUGCGUGGCAAGCUUGCAUCCCUUCCCAAACCACAACAAUCCGAGUUUGAGCUCGAAGCUCUUCCUGAAGAGCGCGAUGAAGUUGCUCAUGCCGCACAGGUCGCGGCCGAAGACGCAGCUGUCAGGGAUGCCAGAAACGCAGAGCUCAAGCGCGCACAAGAUCUCGCUGAAUUUAAACGCCAGUCCAAAGUAGUGCAAAAGGGAUUGCCUCGACCGAAAGUCGUCGAUGUGAACGCAUUGCUCAAAGCGGCACAAGCUAUCGAAGACCCUAUCGAACGCAGCAUCGCGGAAGAAUCUGCCUACCUCAUCGCCAACGAUGCCAAGAAGUUUGGCGGAGCACAUGUCAACGGCAAGCCUAAAUCUAUUCAGCCAUUCUCUGAGGACCUUAUGCAACGUGCCGAAAUGGAAAUCGUCCUCGAGAUGGGCCAGGAUGCUGAUCGCAGCCGUUUUGGCCAAGCCUUUGAGCAAGAAUGGGAAAAGGCUCACGCUUCAACAAUCUUGCCCGGCCUUGCAGGAUACGCGGAAGAUGAGCUUGACGAGGAACAGCUUCUUACAGAAUCCUUUGACAAUGUCCAAGAGACUAUUCAGAAGGUAUCAGAAAAGGGAAGCGCGCUGGAGAAGAAAUUGGCCAAACAUCAUGGUGGUUAUAUUUCGAGGAAUAAAGUGCUGCGGACCAAGAUUGUACAGGCUGCGGAGGCUUUGGAGAAGGUCAAGUUACAGCAGACUUUGUCGAGAGACAAGAGUGUGGCGGAGGAGGCUGCUAUGGUGGGCAGGUUGGAGAAGUUGAGGGAUGAAGUGGCGUUAGUGAGCCGGAGAGAGCGGGAAGCACAAGAGACGUUUAGGAGUAGGAGGGAGGAGUUGGAGGGCUUGGGAUAAGCUGAGGUGAAAUCGAUGCGAUGAAUGUAUAUUGCUGCAUCCAGCCCGUUCUGCUUCCCGCUCGAGGCACGCAAUAUGCUAGGUAUCUACCUAGGCCUUCAGAUUUCAGAAGAAAGACGAUGUCUUGUCGAUAUUGUAAAGUGUUAUCGUUCAUUGUGCCACCCUUGACUCUACUCGUUCCACGCACCUCGCCGAUGCGAUGUGCUUUUUUGCCGCCUUUCUUAGACUCCGCAAGAUUCGUACUUUUGCUAAGCAGCUCCCAUAGUUGGGCAGCGAAGCGCGUGCAUGCGCACAACUGAGCCACAUUCAACUAACGUGAGAGAACACUGCUCAAGCGAAAAUCGUCUGUUGCCAAAUUAGCUCCUGCAAGGUGUAGUGCUGCAGUCCACUACGCCCCAUUGACGCGAGGAACCCGCAGAACCCGCUGCUACUGCUGCUGUUGUCUAG